CAACAGAGCACUAGCUUUGGCCCUCAAUGCUGUGAAGAUAUCUUCUGAAAGGCUUACCCAUGAGAAGAUGCAGCUGCAGAGAGAACUGGAGUGGUUUCGCUUGGAAAAUGCUUGUCUGCGCCGAAAGCUGCUCUCUGUGGUAUCAUAUUUGCAGCCAUGUUCUGUGUCUGUGUGGUAGCUGAAGCUUUUUCUUCAGUGUUACGUUGUGAAAAGCAUUGGGAGGGAUUUUGCUUAAUGUUUGCAAUGGUAUCUCUUGAGGGACCUGUUUGCUUCAUUAUUUAGGUUCAUAAUGGGCAUGCUUUCCAACAAAGGUUUUGGAAUGUGAACAUAUAUGUGUGUGUCUGGAGAAUGUUAUUAAAAGCUUUUCCAGCAUAAUGCAAGGCUGCUAAUUCUUAAUCCUCAGUCCCUGUUUUUAAAAAUCUUAAUUCUCAGUUUUUAGAACAUGUAGCAUACAUUGAAGCGUAUAUUGCUUUUUUAUCCCAUUGGUCUAGAAAAAUACUUUAAAGAAAAAUGAGAAACUAUUUUUAAUUUAUCAAUGUUAAAUUAUAAACUGCUCAAUCAAGGAUGUGUUUUUUCAUGUAAAUAUGUUUGAGUCUAUUGAUGAUCCCAUAUUCAUAAGAAUAGUCUAUGAGUUGGCAACUAUUAAGAAAUGGCAGAUUGAUUUAUUAAUUAUCUUUCUCUGAAGGAAACUGGAAACACUGAAUGGAAACUUCUCCAACUGUCACUAUAAUGAAAAAUUAUCAUUUUCUUAACCCUAAAAUUCUGCACCUUGGAUACUAAAGAAAUAGUGUACAGUGAAAGAAAGUUGGUACUGGCAUUGUAAAAAUGAUCAAGAGUUCUGUUUGGGCAUCAUAAUUGUAAAAUGUUGUAAGGAUACAAUUAGAAUUAUUUAAAAUAUAUUAGCUAUGUUGCUUCUUUUGCUGGUGAUACAGUGUUCAGUUAGGUAGACCUUGGUCUGAUCCAACCCAAAAGUUUCUUUGAUACUUGUAAUGUGUCUCUGGAGUAAAACAUAAGCUUUUUAAAAUAUUCCAUUUAUUUAUCUACAAACAUAUACCCCAUUCUUCAGCCAAAAAGACUCUCUCAUUUAUGUAUCAAUAAGAAAAUGCUUAAAAGCAGAGCAAGUAUACAUUUGAUAAGACCAAAUCUAAAUGUCCUGGACAAAUUAAAAAGGUUUUCACACAGUGACCAAAUGAAACAAUGGACUACACCAAUCAGACUUCCCUGGGGAGAACAUUCCAUAGCUGGGGUGCCAGAACCAAAAGGGCCUUAUCUCCAGUCACUACCUGCCUCACUUUCAAUGAACAAAUCUGCUGAGGAACUUUACCUGUUAAAGAACAGCCACUUGGAAAAUAUAAUAAAGCUGAGCAGAACUUCUGAGGAUGGCUCCUGCUCCUUGUCACUAUCUGAUGGGGGAGACAGUAGAAUUGAUGACAGGCAGGACGAUAUCCACCCUAUUCGAGCUGCGCCAAUAUCCAUGAGAAUUCCACUCCUUAAUCUAGAUGACGAAGGAAACACAAAUAGUAGAGACAUAGGACAUUCCAUCUCCACAAGUUUGCAGAUCCUUCCCUUAGGUGUUCCAGGGUCUUCUUUCGGCGAGUCUCGGAAUAUGCCCACAGCUGCUAUGGAGCAGUCUCCUAUUUUUGAUGAGGCAUUAUCAAGCAAUGAAAAAAAUGACCGGAAGCUCAGUGAAGCUGAAAGCCCUCCCUCAGCACUUGACUUGGCCACACUUUUUGAAGAUAAUUCCUUGAAUCCACUGCAAAGUUCUAGGAGCUGCUCGCUGUCUGCCCUGAAUAAAAAUGAUCCUGUGCAGCAGUCCAAGGAGACCAUGAGACCAUCCAGCGACAGUGUGGUGGAGGUGUCACAUGAGUAUGUGACCAGGAGGAAAAAAGGGAGAACAGGUUUAUUUGCUGCGUUUGGAGGUGAUUCUCAGAUGGAGAUGUCAGACAAUGUGCCACUUGGUGGCCCACAGUGGACAAACGAAAUGGAGCCUGCUGCUAAACAUGAUCUUGAAGUCAGUCAUGUUGGUGAGCUUGUCACACUGAAGGCCAAAAAUAAAAGCUAUGGGAAGAUCAAAGCCAAUGAAACCAAAGCUUUGAAAAAAGUAAGCAUGGGAACAAAAAGCAGCGAUGCUGCUUCCAGACAAUCAGCAAUCAAUUGGGAUAAUUUUAAUAAUAAAAAAGUAAGCAUGGGAACAAAAAGCAGUGAUGCUGCUUCCAGACAAUCAACAAUCAAUUGGGAUAAUUUUAAUAAUGGUGGGAUGCCUACCGAUGCUGCAAUACUGUCUAAAAUGAAAGAAUCUGGCAUUAUCAAGAUGAAAACUCCCAAGCUUGCUUGCCACACUGAAGAGUCAACCCAGGUGGCUGCAAUGGAAGAAAUAGUGCCACUGAACAGCUCGGGUCAGAAUGAGAAACACAGUUCGCAACGUGUUGUUAAAACCACAGGCAGAAGAACCUACAUGGUGGACCCAGCUCCUCCAAAGACUGUGGAUGAUUGCAAUACUCUGGGUCAGGAAAUAAAAAGGACAUCAUUCUUUGAAAAACUAAAGAGUCUAGAAAGUCAAUUCCAAAGCUCAGGGCCAAGUACAUUAAACAAUAAAGCCCAACAGAAUGAGAGGAGCCAUAACCAUGGUGAGAAGUAUACUCGGCAUUUUGAUAAAACCAGAAGUUCAAGAAAGACCUAUGUGGUAGAUCCUGCUCCCCUAGAUCAUAUGAAUGUCUGUCACCCCUUUACACAGGAAAUUACAGAAAACACAGAUGUGGAAAACUUAAAUGAUCUAGGCAGUCUGUUCCAAAGUCCAGGAUCCAGCUCUAUAAGCAAUAAAGCACCACGGGAUGCUUUCAGUACACAUUUGGUUUGUUGCCAAAAGCAGAUCCCUAGCCAAGAAGAGAUUCUGAAUUUGAAAGGGAAGUGUAAAAAAGGAAAGAAGAAAACCCAAGAAACUAGUGUACCGCAUGUGCUCAGUGAAGCAGACUCCCAUAGCCCAGAAGCUUCACGAAUUCGGCUACAAGAAAAUAAAAAGGGAAAAAAUUACAAAGGCAAAGUUGCCAAAGCAGUCGGGAAUAAUAUGGAAAGAAAGCAUUUUGGAACCAAUUCUGAUGUGUCUGGUCUGGAUAAAAACAUACUAAAUAGCAAUAAAAAGAAAAGAAAGGACUUGGCAGACAAUACUACAUCCACAAAUCAAGCAGAUACAACCUCACUCUCAUCUCUAAUAGGGAACCUAUCAUCUACUUUUCUAGUUUCAUUGGAUGAUGAAGAUACUCCUCUUAAUGUUGUUUGUAAAAACUCAAAUAAGAUUAUUCAGAAAGUUCAAGGAUCUUCAACCACACAGCACAGUUCUUUAAAUAAAACAAAUAUGUCUUUGGAGAGCCCAUGUUCAGAUGACAAUAGUCCUAAGACUAACUUCAAGAAAAGGAAAACAUCCAAGCAGAACCAAGUACUCAAAGAUUUGGCCAAUGUUGGCCCAGGUUCCUAUGAUUCCAUCCCUCUUCCAUCAACACGUCCAAACAGGCAGAGAAAUACGUCGGUCAGCUAUGCAGAGCCCAAGCUCAACAGGAAAUUGAGGCGUGGUGAUCCAUUUACCAUUACCGAUUUCCUCAGUUCCCCUGUCUAUAAAGGCAAAAGUAAGAAGAAGAAUCCAGGAAAAGGAAGAAGAAAUUGACUUUGGUUCAGUUUUCCGGCUUAUUUCUUGGGACUUCUUUUUACAAGUAUUUCUUUCUACUGGUCUGUUGUAGGGAGUGUAUCUUAACACCAUUUUACAAAUAAAAGCUUUAUUUUUUCAUA